CGACUUAUGGCGUUUACUGCUGCACGACAUUCAAACCAAUCGCUUCUACAAUCCAAUUGACUAGACCGUCUUACUGCAUAUUGAACCAACAUGGAUGUAUUCUACGCAUACACCUACUCGACCGCAGGAUGGCUGUCAUUGCAGGGACUGGCGUUGACGACCGUUCCGCAACUGAUGUCCACCAUGCUACUGGAUGAGACACGCCCGGCCACCUCGGUUGAGGUAUACUUUGCGCGCUGUCUCGGAUUCAGCCUUCUGACCGUAGCCAUGCUCACCAUCAUGCUAACGGGGUCCAUCCCGCUGUCCUCAACGGUAUCCGAUCCCGUCUCCACCGAGGAAUCCGAUCCCAAGGCUCCAUACGCGGUCCCCACGCUGAUCAUCACGUGUGCGUUCCACUCCGUGUCUGCCGCCUACGCCUACACGCGGUACGUAGACAGCAGCCAGGCUGUGUUUGCCAUUGGGUUGGCGGUGUAUGGACUGGUGGCGGCCGUGGGGCUCUGGUGUGUGUUGUUUGCCAGCAGCAAUGGGAGGAUUAGUCGCAAGACGGGGGCCGAUAAGCGGACUGCGGGGUUUCCAUUCAAAAAUAUGGAGGCGUCGAAGAGGCAUGCGGGGAAGAAGAGUUCGUGAGUUUAUGGACGGAUUGACUUUCUUCUUUAAUUAUUAUGGUUAUUGUUAUUUAGUUGAUGGCGCAAGUCAUGAGGUCGGUCUGAAGAGGUUCGGUAGGACAGAACAUGGAUGAUGGAUGGUAGAUAGACCGGGAGAUUGAAUGCUUACAAUGAGGACAAUAGAAUAAAUGAGGUAGCUUAUCUGGUGGCUGACCAUCUGAUCCACAUUGAUGGCGUGGUCAUCUUCAUCGUCAUCUUCAUCAAUAUCUUCAUCAUUACUGAGCGGGGAAGUCGAUAGUACUCAACCGGGAUUCCACCAUGAUUCCCCUCAUUGAAUACUACAUCGACAAGUACCUGAUACCUGAUUUGUUGCAUCCUAGCCGGAUCAAGCAGCAGCUCUAUCCCUGAAACCAAUAUCAAUCCUGGGAGGGAGAUUGAUGAAAUUAAAUUAAAACCGACAGGGCAACCACCAACACGCCAAGAGACGGGCUGCAACCUCAGGCCGCCUCUGUCCUCC